AUGUCAGGGAAACGGCUGUACCUCAAGGGAGAAAAGAACACCACCAGCGGGAGAUUCUCAUUCGGGGAAUCUACCGAUAUGGAUUCCCUGGCCCCCAAGUUACUAGCCGGGAGAUGGAGGAAAGCCCUGCCAUUUAAGGAGUUCCCAUCGAGCCUCCGUGUGGCGAAGCUUGCUUCGGGUGAGAAUGUUGACAUCACAAUGACGUUUGACGAUGGAGAGAAGGGUCGUGGAAAUGUGGUUCAGGCACGAGAUGCACUUCGGGAGGUCCGAAUCCAGUUGCCUCCAGAGAUGUUCGAUUUGUCGAGGAUUGUGUGUGGGACGUUUGUUGACGCUAGGCAUCUGGUGCUUCGUGGAGUGAAUGGGUCGGCCUUGUUGUUUGCUAGGUCUUGUUUGGAUCAGUAA